AUGCCCGAACCGGUGACCCACGUGAUUUUUGAUUUCGACGGACUCCUCGUCGACACGGAAACCGCCUACACUAAAGCGAACUCGGAAUUGUUGAAGAAGUAUGGAAAAGAGUUUACGAUGGAUUUGAAGAGAAGACAAAUGGGCAAACGUCACGACGAGUCGAUCCGUUGGCUGCUCAACGAACUCGAUCUGAACGACGUCGUCACUCCAGAAGACUAUUCCCAUCAGUACGAUGCGAUUCUCAUCGAAAUGUUCAAGAAGAGUCCAGCGAUGCCUGGCGCCGAGCGACUCGUCCGUCAUCUCAUUCAGAAGGGGAUUCCCGUCGCCUUGUGUACCGGAUCGUGUUCUAGAACAUUCCCAACGAAAUUGGAUAAUCACAGAGACUGGAUCGAGUUGAUCAAACUACAAGUGCUCUCCGGUGACGAUCCGGAAGUCAAAUUCGGCAAACCCCAUCCGGAUCCAUUCCUUGUGACGAUGAGAAGAUUCCCGAAGAUUCCAGAGCAUGCUGGAAGAGUUUUGGUCUUCGAAGACUCGUACAACGGCGUUUUGUCUGCUUUGGAAGCCGGAAUGCAAUGUGUCAUGGUUCCGGAACGCACGAUUUACGACCCGGAGACGGAUACGGAGUUUAAGAGUCGUGUCACUCUUGUGUUGGAUAGUUUGGAGCAUUUCAAACCGGAGGAUUUCGGAUUGCCCGCUUAUGAUUAA